CAACAUUAAACAUAAGAGAAUUCAGAUUAUCCACUGAUUAUAAUGAUUACCGAAAUCUGAACACUGUGUAAUACUAUGUUUAUACUGUAUUGUUGUGAAAAAAUUGCCAGACGCUAGUAAUAACACAUUAUUUGACUACACGAUAUUAUAAAAUUAAAGCAUAUUAGCAUAAAGUAAUAAUACAUUUUUUUUUUAACAAAAAUUAUCAUACUCAAAAAUAUCCAUGGCCGACGAACUAAUUAAUUACAAACUCCAACUACAACAGGUAGAAGCUGCUUUAACUAAUAGCCCUGAAGACCCGGAACUUUUAAAACUCAAAACCGAUUUGGAAGAAGUUAUUGAAUUGACUACUGAACUUGUACGAACACAGACACAACCUAAAAAGGAAGUUGUUCAAACCAAAAAAGAAUCGUCAUAUCAACCUGAUAUAUUGCCGUCGGUAUCAAAAACAAAAGGGGAAUGGAAAUCGGGUGACAGGUGUUUAGCACAGUUAGCUGACGAUGGUAAAUUCUACGAGGGUACCAUUGAAACCAUAGAUGGCGAAGCUGUGGCAGUUUUAAUCGACGGACAAAAAACUGCUGCCGUAACGACAAUGGAUUACAUCAAGGACUUGCCAAGAGCUCAUCCUAACGAAAUGAAACACAAAAAGCAGCCGGUAGCCAAAUAUAGAGAAUAUCAGAAAAAGAGAAAACUCGCAAAACAGCAAAGAUUUAAGCAAUUAGAAGAAGAACGAGAAGUUGAAAAAAAUAAGUGGCUAGCUUUUGCGACCAAGGGUGUUAAAAAAGGCAUUCCAAAGAAAAGUAUUUUUGCAUCGCCUGAUAAUGUUCAUGGACGAGUUGGAAUUGGUACUUGUGGUUUGGGGGGAAAAGGAAUGACCGAUUUUCCCACAGCAGAAAAGAGGAAAAAAUAAGACUGUGUAUCAUCUAUUUUAUUAUAAUUCAAUAAUUUGUAAAAUGCUACUGUUAGUUUUUAAAUAAAAAAUAAUUUUGUUAACUGACUUAAGAAAUGUCUUAAUAUCAAACAUUGCCUAUUACUAUUAUUAUAAUUUUUUUUUUUUUUUUAUGUUUCUAUUACAAUAAUUUAUUAACUAUUUAACAUGCUUGUACGUUGCAAACAAAACAUGUCUAUUACAAAACUGAAUUCAUAAGUGUGUAUACAACACUUAAAACAAUUUACAAACUAUGUUCCACGCCAACAGUAAACUUGGAAUGAUAUAUGUUAAACAUUUAAAAUCAUACAAUAGUCGUAAAAUGAUGUUAAAUAAUUUAGAUAAAUAAAAAAUUGUAUUUUUCAA